CGAAAGAUGCCCUGACAAAUAGCCUUCAUACAUGAUGAACACUGUACACGUAGGCCUAUUAUACUUGUACACUAAAACGAACAACGCACCAUCUUGUUUUUCAUAGCAGAGAUAAAAUCGAAAAAGCCCCUGCAACAGCAAGCGAUAGACGCUAAAAAAGGGUGCACUACUCAAAAUAAGAUUAGGAGAAAUGACAAAGGUCAAUUAAAUACUUAAAGAAACGUGCAAGUUGCAUUGGAGGCAAAAUCAUUUAUGAAAUACUUUUUCUCAUAAUUAAACUAAAGAAGCGAAAUAGAAAUGGAGCGACUUCCGCUCCUUGGGUAAAUCUUUUUUGUUGAAAUAUCAUAAUUGAUAUGUUCACUUCACAUUUCACUUUGCUAAAACUGCUAAACCGAAGAAGCUGUCUGUGCUGUUUGCACGCUCAAGAAAACAGAGUUUCAACUUGUAUUUGAUACUGUGCUUGGGCAGUUCUCCUUUCCACAUGUGGUAGCAUUUAUUCUUUUAACCAAUAAGAGAACAGGGAAAAUGGAAAAGGUCAAAAUUCGGCAUUUUAUGCCCUCGAUCAAGAUGUACAAGGACAUGGUCCAGCAUGAGGUCACCUACUUUCAGUAUCACAAUAACACACGGUUCACAAUUUCAUCCCGUCUUAUCAAAACCCCCGGACUGUGGGUGAAUCACUGGAGAUCAGUGCCUUACGUGUAUCGUUGGUCCCCCGAGGAAGAAAGAAUACUACCAGAACAUUACAAGAACAGCUGUAGAGAGUUUAUGACGAAGGAACCAGAGCCAGUUCAUUGGCGGCCGGACCCACAAAAAUAUUGGGAGGACAUUGAUUCUGGACAAAGGUUUCCGGUGAUAAAUGCUCCCAUUCCUGUGGUCUACCCGAAGGAGUGCAAUACAGGCCUCUGGGGAGGGGAAGGAAUCAUUUUUGGUUAUUUCACCAAGGUCGACCCGAAAAGACAAAAAAAAUUGCCAACGAGGCCGAGGAUAUGGCUGCCUGAACUAAUGAAACGAGUUCUGUACAGCGAGAUUCUGGACCGCUACAUGGCCAUAAUGAUCACAGCCCGGGCCCAGUACCUCAUUGAUGAAGCUUUUGGCCUGGAUAAUUACAUCUUGCAGACUCAUGAAGUCGACCUGUGUUCUCGACUUGCCAUGACCUUGAAGAGAGAGAUGCUUUUGGCCCUCGCCAACAAGUCCCUGUACUCAGACAACCCGGUGAAGAAGGAGAAGAUUUACAAGAAAUAUGAGAAGUUUGUGAUUCCGGCGGAAGAAGCAGAAUGGAUAGGGUUACCCAUGUACGAAGCUGUUGAGAAAGCCAAAGCUCUUGAAGAAGAACUCUAUCCCCCACAGCCCUUGAAGGAUCUGUACCUGGUAGAUUUGGUGAGGAGGUUAAAGCUCAGUGCUAGUGCAUCGUGAUCUGGAGAGCUUGUAUUUAUUAUGAUUGUGUGCCAGAAGUUUGCAUCGCAUCAAGAUUGUUUACGUGACAUAUGGAGUUUGCAGUUGGCCCAAUAAUAUAGGCUUACUGUGUUGCUACGGGGAAAUGGCUGGAAUAAUUAUGAUGGAAUUUUUCAUUUGUACAUCUUGCCCUCAGGGCUGGCUGACAACAUUUGUGGCCAUCAGGGAUAGUGAUGAGUAUGAGUGAUACAGUGAUUGAGUUUGGAAGGAGUAUGAUGUUUUAUGACAUUUUGUAUGAGGCUUCUUUUUCAGAAUAUGGUAUGAAGUUCAUUGGUGUAUUCAAAAGAGGCUGAAGAUCAUUGUGUGCAUGUGUUGGCUUGUUUAUCUUGCAUGAGGCUGAAAAAUUGUAUGCAGUGGUCUCUGCUUAAGAGUCCAGUCAUUUGGAGACUCAGAAAUGAUUCUUUAAGGUGACUUAUUGUUUUUAGAACUGUUUCGUUGUCUGAGGCAUGUAAAUUACAUGUACAAAAAAAAGUAUUAUAAUGCAGUAAAGGCAGACUUCUUGGUGGAUUGGGCUUUUCCUUUAUGUGUUCUUAUCUUGAACAGAGACCACUGUAUUGAAAUAUGAUUUGUGUGAAUAUUUUCUUGUUCUCAGUGAUUAGCAUUUUGAAAAAUAAAUUGGAAAAUGAAUUUUUUAAAAAGUUUAAAA